AUGGGGUCCGUGGUGCUCCUGAGCAUCAGAGCAAUCGAUGCAAUCCCUGUUACUGACCGUUCAAAGCCUUAUCGUGCGUUCAUUCUGGUGGAACAGCAUAUCCAGCCGUCGCUGUUGGAAAGCUCUCUGAAAGCUUGUCAGUCUAGUCGUCUGCUUGUUCAAAUCCUGCUAUUCGCAAUCGUCCCCAGUCACCUUGCAGGAAGAUAUCAAGACGCUUUUGAGCCUCAGAAAGCCAUUUGCGAGGCAUCCGCUUUAGAACUUCAGACCGUCAAGUCUCGUGAAUUGCAAUCAACCAAUGAUAGUUGCUUGACCAAGCUGUUACUCUCUCGACGAUCAUACCAGUACAUCUUUGAGUCAAAUACAGCUCUAGAAGCCAAACAAUCUCUCCAAUGUCUCUUGACAGUCUCUGCUAGUCCCUGCAUCUCGACAUUUCUUUCGGAAAAUCUCACGCCUACUUUAUCACAACUUCUGGUUCCCCUGCAUGCUCUACCCCAGAAAUUGGGUACUGACUAUCAAGUUACCGCUCCUUUGGCGCAGAAAUAUCAAUAUGCUCAGGCAAAGAUAAAUGACUUAGAUGGUAACUUUUGCGAGGAGUACUCCCUCAUCAAACCGCGAGUUCUCUUCAAGUUCUCAAAAUCUAUUUUACGUACACAGGGUCUCGACGUACGAUCGCCGCUUUGUACUGCUGCCGCCGACCAGCAAGGAGAGAAGAAGCUUUACACUAAUCAUAAACAGAUCGAGAGUAAGGUUGCUACCGCGCAAGAGAAUAAAUAG